AUGACAACUUUGCAACUCCCCCAAACACUUCAAUUUGCUAGUGAAACAUAUCAACCGGGUGGAACCAACAAUCCAAAUCGUCAAUAUCGCCAUCACCAUCACCAUCACCAUCACCAUAGCAGACUAUUUUCUGCAUCAGCAACCCUUCCUAUACCAGUUGGCUCGCCAAAGUUGGCCUUGAUGAAAGUGAAUCAAGAGACUGUCCCUGAAGAUGGCACCUUGCAUGAUUAUGCAACUGUUAUCAUGGAUGUAUUGGAGUGCUACUUGGAACCUUCACCAACAUUAGAGGAGAAGUUGACUAUGUUGGAGGAGGAAGCAACCCAAGAAAUGAACGGGAGUGUAGUGGGAAAUGAGAAGUUGAUUGCAUUAGAUGAGGGACUUGAAGCUACUCCUGCUGCCGCAUAUGAUGACAAAUUGGAGCACGGUACAGAAAAGCAGGUCAGUGCCAUUAAGCAAAAUCGCAACCAGAACUCAUUCCUCAACAACUUGAGAUUAAAUUCGUUAUUCCAUCCUGCUGGUUCCUCCAUGUAUGAUUUUGAAUUGAACAACAAGCCUUAUUUUGCUCAACCAGCUACUGCAAACUACGUGCAUCCACAAAGGCAGCAGCAACAGCAACAGCAACAGCAACAGCAACAGCAACAGCAACAGCAACAGCAACAGCAACAGCAACAGCAACUGCAGGGACUUGAAAUUGGCUCUCAGCUCGAAUACGGCAGUAUAAGAUCCUACAAUUCUACCAUUUCGGCCCAACCUAAAAAGAUGCAUAGGAAGCACCGCAAGAUGAACAAACGGGUGAAAUCAUUUACUCAAAGGGUCAAGAAUGAGGAUGUAUCUCAUCGUUUGGCCGAUUUGUUUCAAGAUGAUCAUGAUAUUUGGGCAAAGGAAAAAGAGGACAAUGGUUUGCUGUUUGCUGAUGACGACGAAGAUGUUGAUGAUUAUGCAUCCAGGACUGGCUCUUAUUGUGAACAUUGUAACGAGAGUUCCAAACGCAGGGUUGUUAUCAAAGAACUGGAUAAUGAGUACAUUUAUCCCACUCCUACAAUCACUAGCUUCAAAAGGAUUUUCAGUCGCAGAUUCCAUAUUUUCAAACAUCACGCAAUGUAA